AUGAAGAAGCACUUUGUCAAGGUACUGGAAAGGGCGCAGGGCAGGCAGCCGAAGCUACUUGAUCAGCAGAGGCCAAGAGAAGCGAAAGACCUCGAGACCAUCGAUCCAGCAUCUGAUGCCGUAGCAGCGUGUCGCGUGAUGGCCGUCACUGCCACCAUGAGCUGCGUCGCAGACGCAGCCCCCGGAACAGCAGAAGAGCUGCUGCCACUGGGGACGAAGGACUUGUCGACAGCGCUGGUCGCCUGCCGCCAGUUCGGGCUUCAGACUGGGCAGAAGGCCCGGAAGCGUCGGAAGACCAGUGAGAAGGCGGCUGCGUCCAAGGAGGUGCUGCAGGAGCACACGUGGUGGUGGCACGACGUGGCUUGCUCCUGCUUGGACCUGCUGUCCACCGCAUGCAAACCCUCCGAAGGCGCAGGUUCCGAAGCAAAGCCCUUCACCGACGCUGUCGAGGAGCUGCGUGAUCCGGUGGCCAACCUCCUGGAUAUCUUCGAGUUUCUUUCGCAGGACUCCAGCGCGACGACCUCGCUGCGGAGUGCCUUUCAGGCGGCUGGCGCAACCAGGUCCGAGAACUCCGCAUGA